AUGAAAUUCUCCCAUACUACAAUCGCUGCACUUUUGGCUUGUUCGACUGUUAUUUCGGCUGCACCUGCAGCUGUGGUCACUAACGAUGUUCUUCACAUCCAGAAACGUCUGCAAGAGUUAACUCUUUUAAUGGAUGAUCUUACAGCUUUAAAGAAGCGUGGUGACCUUAAUGAGGAUGAAAUCGCCAAGCGUGAAUAUGUCUUGGUUACUCAAUUAUUGACUCUUCUUAAACAAACGGGACUUACUCCAACUAUUUUGAAAUGGAUUGUUACUAAUGGUAUUUUCCAACCUAUUAUUGUGGAUGUCAUUGUUGGCCUUUUGAAGCUGGGUGCGAUUGACUGGAACGCACUUUUUGUUGCCUUGGACAAAUCUGGAUUGGCAGCUGCUACAAUUCAAGGUCUUAUUUCUGAUUGUAAGUUUUAUGUUGCAUUAUUUGAUUUAGCCAAGAGCUUUAUCCAAGAUUUAAUUCCUAAAGUUAAUUCUCAAAUCACUGCCAGUAUUUCCACGAGAGAUUUAUUAGCAGUUGAUACCAUGUAUCAUACUAGAGAAGAUUCAUUCACCGACAAUUUGGAAAUCAGAGCCACCCCAGAAGAUGGAGUUAUUAUCAAUCUCUUAGAAUCUGUGGCUAACUCAGGUUUGGCAACUCAAGUGGUCAAUGCUCUUUUCACAGACCCUGCCUAUAGGCCUUUCAUUUCAGCUUUGAUUCAAGAAAUUAUUGCUGAAAAAGCGUUAAACUUGUCCGAAAUUCUUGGAGCAUUGAUUGAGUCAGGAUUAGUAACAAGUUUAUUGAAACAAUUCUUGAAUGCUAAGACUUUCGAUACUAUCAUCACCAAUGCCUUUGCUGCAUUCUCAGGUACAUGUGGACAAGUUCAAUCCUCAGGAGGAGGCUCCCCAACGUUGGCCAUCAGCUCAUCUGCUGGUGGAACCACACCUACUGGAACUCCAUCAAACUGUAGGAGAAGAAGAAGAUCCUACAACUACUAG